AUGGAGAAACUGGGCUACAGGUGUGGAUCUCAGCUGGAGCUUGAGCUGGAGGAGAAAGUAAGAUGGAAAAUCGGUCUAUUGAAAGCUGAGGAGAAGAAAGAGGAGGAAACUGGGACUAGUUUAUUCCACCAGUUAAUGGCACAGAGGAAGGACCGGGAGGAAGAUGGGAAGAUCGUGCUACAGCGGCUGAUAAUGAUUGCUCGGCUCCCCGCGCCUGCUGAUAGGACAGAACUGGGAGCUCAUUACGAGAAUCUGAACUUUCAGCUGAACAAACGGUACAUAUGGGAUCACAUCACAGGCCUGCUGCUGAUCUACCCGUCCUGUCUGCUGCACGUCAUCGAAUCAUCCAAAGAUAUUCUGAUUUCUGUUCUGAGAGACCUGACAGUCAUGCAACAACAGCCAGACUGUGCCUUGAUGGAAGCUAAGAUCGUGUUCAUGUUCCAUAACCCUGAGAGCAGGCUGUUCCAGCAGUGGAGCUACAAGGUGCUGGACGCAGGUCAGAUCACUGGAGACUCUAAAGGACUCGAAGAAGACGAAGCAAACACAGAAACUCUGGUCUGUAGCGUCCUGUCAGUGCUGCAGAAGCUGAGUGAACACCUCGAAAUAACCAAGAAGGUUCUUCCUGGGUCAGCGCUGGAUGAGACUCCGGAGCUCAUCGUCCCUCUGAAGGUUCUGGACAGUCUUUUGUACCGAGACGAACUCCAGAGUCCACAGGAAUACAUGCAGAUGUACGACUCCCCAUUAAACGUCAACAUCGAGUUUGGACAAGUCAAUCCACGAAACUUCCUCCCCAAUGUUUAACUCUCUGGAUAAAAGAACGAGGCCUUCCUUCACCAGAGAAACCUGGACGUGACUGAAAGCCUCCUAACAUGAAUUUUUAAAGUUUUCCUUCCAUUUUUUUCCCCACUCGUUUGGUCCCAUUAUGCCUCUUUCCGUUGCAUGCCCUUAAUUAUCGAUAAGAAAAACACAAAACAUCCCAGUAAUAUAAAAACAUUUUUAAUAGUUUCAACAUUCGGAUGAGGAUUAUUUUAAAUUUUUUUCCUUUUUAUUUUUAAUCUUACACUGUGUUCCAUUUGGUGACUGAGAGAUAGCAUGUCCAAGAAAAAGGCAUUUCCUUUCAUUUCAAACUUUGAAAGAGUCCACAGCAUCACUACAGUUUGACACCAAGAACUUUUAAAUCCAAAAAGAAUUCCUUGAUCACUUUCUGUUUUCCCUUUUUUGUAUUUUGGCCCCCGUUUACUUGGAACUUAAGCAAAAACAACAAAAAAAGAUGAAAUGGCUGCAUGCACCACAGUGUAAUCUACAGAUCGCACCUGCAUGCUUUUUUUAGCAUUUCUCAUACGAUUUCAGUGUAACUUCACGGGAACUUUUCAGCAGAUUUUAGUCCUCUGAAAGCGCAGUUUCCUGUCCACAAACAGACGAUGGUCUCUGCUUUGAUGUGCUUUUUCUCAUUUGCUAUAGAUAAAACGUAUGCGGUGGAGACAAACAGGAGAUCAUGAACGAUUUAAACAGAGUCUUGGCAGAACUGAUGGAGAGUUUGACUUAAAAAAAAACAAA